AAAAACUUAAAUAUUUUUCCAUUUAAAUGGAAGGAUUUUGAUGAAAUGAAACGUUGCAACAUUUUCGCUUUUUGACAAGUCUAUGUCAAAAACCAAAAUGUCAAAAGUUGAAAUAGUAAACAAACGCGUGAAACUUAUUUUGAUUUACAUUGUAUCGGUUUAUGUAUUAUAAAAUUUAAUACAAAACUGUGAUAAUGUCUGUACCUAUACCACACAUUAUAAAAACUGAUAUAACUGCUGUAAAACUGUUUGGUAACAUUGUAUUAGCAGGAAUUGGCAGUUGGGCUCACGUUUACGACAUUGUAACCAAGAAGUUAUUGCAAACUGAACAUGUUCUGAGAGGUCAAAAAAUAUAUGGCUUCAUACCAUCAAAAUAUGAAGGAAAUGUUAUUAUAUUCGGAGGCAAACAGUUUUCCAUUGCAUCUAUAGACUGGUCCUUUAAUCGUGAUAGGAAAGUAUUGAGGCUAAAUCCAAGAGUUGGUCCAAUCAUUUGUGAUGAUUGGUUACAUGCUGUUGUCUGGACCAAGGAGGAAGAAAUAGCUGCUCUUACAGCACAUAAUGUUGUUCAGAUAUGGAAUACCAGUCAAGAACCUUUUCUUAUCACUUCAUUCCACAGUAAAGACAACUCUAUACUGUACAGUGGUUGUCUUGUGCCUCUAGAUGAUGAUGUCCUGGUCCUGGCAGGAACUGUCUUCACGGAUGUCAUCAUCCAUGCCUGCAGUGAAACUGAGCCACUUAUGUCCCUCAAAGGACAUAGGGGAGUAAUAUUCUCAAUAUCCUGCGACAUACAAAAGCAGCUGAUUGUUACUACCUCAGAUGACAGGUCUAUCCGAAUCUGGGGUCCGAGUACCACAGUGACUACUCCGGCCAACACAAAGGAAUAUUGGAAGACUGUAGCUUAUGACAGCAAAUAUGAGGUGUAUGGCCAUACAGCCCGCGUCAUGAGAUCAUACAUUACAGAUGAUUUAAUCAUAUCUGUAGGAGAAGAUUCUGUUGUCUGUUUCUGGGACUUCCAAGGAAAUAUAUUAAAGAAAAAUAUGGCCCAUCAAAAUGGAUGCAUUUGGUCACUGGAUGCAGACAGAAAGAACUUGGUAACAGGAGGAGGUGACAGUGGCUUGGUAUUGCAUCCACUAACUGUAGCCAAAGAAUAUGGAGAACAUGAGAUUUUACAUGCAGAUGUAGGAAACCCCAAGAAGAUUUAUUUUACUACAAGAAGAAAUAUUGUUAUAUUGAAUGAAAGGGAUGAAUUGCAAUUUUAUGAUGUUGUGUUGAAAUCAGUAACAGAGACACACAAACUCACACACGAAAGUACUUAUAAACUCAUGAGUUUAUCAUCGUGCAAACAAUUUGUAGCUGUCGCGGACAUGGCCGGGAAUUUAGAUGUUUUCGCCGAAACCUGUAAAGGCGAGCCAACACUUCGAAAAUUAGUCAACACCAAGAUGAAGUUUGGUAAAAUUUUAUCAAUGCAUUGGGCGGGAAAUAGACAUUUGGUUGUGUGUAGCGAUAAUGGAAAUAUAACUAUUCUUGCAUCGAAAGGCAAUGAGGUAGAGACUGUCACUAAUUUCUCACUGCCACAAUCUAAAGAAAGAUGGCUGACAGCCGCCGGAAUAGAUUCAAAGAACAGGCUAUUUGCAGUUGGAGACCGUUGCGGUAAUGUACACAUUUACAUUAUUGGUAAAAAUAAUCCAGUGAAAACCCUCAACAAAGUUCAUGGCAGAUAUGGCCCUACCUCAAUAACCAUUAUAGAUAAUGGUAUAAUAACAACCGGAAGAGAUGGAACCGUUAAACAUUUUGAUCUAGCCUACGAUACAGUUAAAUAUAUGAAAAGUAUAGAUUUGAACUUUGAAUGGGUUGAAAAAUUUCUAGAUAAAAAUGAGAAUAUUGUGUGUGGUUUUCAAGAAAUAGUGUUUGUAGUUUAUGAUAUAACUAAUAGAUCGAAGCUAGUUGAAGUACCAUGUGGUGGCGGGCAUAGAUCCUGGGACGCCGUUAGAUAUAUUGAACAAAUACAAGAUAAUUAUGACGAAUUUAUCAAGUUGAUAUAUUUGAAGAAUUCUGAAUUACAUGAAUCAAUAUUUCAACUCAGCAAAAUAGUUUCCAAAAAUAUCGUGAAUGGGUGUCACACUAAAGAAAUUAACUGUUUGCAGUCUCAUUUACUUGAAGACAAAUCCGCCAUAUAUUUAAUUUCUGGCGGCGAAGACACGACACUUCGAAUAUCUAUUUAUAAAAAUACAGAAAAUGGACCGUCCUUUCACGAUUCUGCUAUAUUUAAACAUUUAUCUAGUAUAAGAACAGUCAAAACGUUCAAUUUAGAUAGUACAAAGAUUACAUUAGUAUCAGCGGGUGGAAGAGCUCAAAUAUGCAUAAAGGUGAUUGAAUUUAAAGACAUUGAGAAUAAAUUGACUGUAGAGUCGGAAGAACUUGUAGAUUAUCAAGUGAGAGGCACAGAUAAAGAAAGGAAAGGAAACCAGAAUUGGAAGAGUUGUGGUGUAGACGUUGACCCUGAAAUGAGAAUGAUGGAUAUUGAAAUCAUCAAAGUAGAUAAUGGAAAAUUUCUUAUAGUGGCUGCAUGUUCAGAUGCAAUACUUAGACUGUACGAGUUUGAGUAUUCAGAUAAAAAUAACAGUUUCAAACCAGCUGGCGUAAUAAAAUACCACAAGACUUGCAUACUGAAAACCAAAACAUUUAAAUUUCAGGAAAAAUAUAUUCUCAUAACUUGUACAACGAGAGGGCAAGUAGCAUUUUGGAAUGUAACAGAUGAUUUAAUAUCUAAUAACAUUGAACAUGACAUCAUUACAGAUGAUGCUAAGCCUUUCUUUGUGACAACAACAAAUAAAUCUGGAAUUAACAGUGUCGAUGUCAAAGUAAUAUCGAAAGAUGAAGUAAUAUUUGCUACAGGGGGUGACGAUAAUGCAAUUCAUGUAAAUAAUAUCAAGUUUAAAAACUUUAAAUGUACAGAAACACAGGAGACAAAAGUAGAUAACUUUCAUUGUUCAGAAGUGACAGGAUUGAGCUUCAUGGGUAGAAAUCUUAUACUCAGUACUUCCAUAGAUCAAAGGAUAACUUUGAGUAAAUAUGAAAUGAAUGAUGAUGGUCUAACAUGUAGUUUUGUUAGCCAACGAUACAGUGAUGUCCCCGAUAUUCAAGGAAUAGAUGUUAUUUGCGAAACCAGUGAUAAGGCAACAGUAUGUGUGUUUGGUAAAGGACUGGAAGUGUUAAAUGUUGAUAAGCCAAGGUGAUAUUUUAUUUAUAAUAUACCUACAUAAGUGUUACUAAAUAUACUGUAAGUACAAUUUUAUAA